AUGUGGAAUGUCAAGAAAUAUUUUAAUCGUCCAAGAAGUAGGAGUAUUGAUAGUUAUGAAAAUAAUGAAUAUAUACUUAUAAAUGCUGUGAAAGCUUGUGAUAUUAGGAGAAUUGUACAUAUAUAUGCUUUUGAAACUGUUGAACAAAAGAUGAUAAAUAUGUCAAAUGAUAAUAUUUUACAUAUAGCUGUUGGAACAGAAAAUUCUAUUAUUGUAAAAGUUAUACUUUUAUUUUAUGAAAAAAGAUGGAAAUUUUCAAAACAACGAAAUAAACAAGGAUUAAGACCUAUUGAUAUGGCAAAUAAAGAAAUUGAAACAGUUUUUAGGCAAUGGGAUGGUGAAAUAGAUACAAAUGGUGAAAAUUUUAAAAAUAAUUCCUCAAUACAAUCUGUAUCAGAAAUGAGAAAAAAACUUAAUGGUUCUAUACUUAUACAAAGACUUAGUCAAUUAACUCAUAAAAGUAAAGUUUUAAUGUCAAUUGAUGGUGGUGGUAUACGUGGAUUAGCUGCAAUUCAAAUACUUAUGACAUUAGAAGAUGAAUUAGGGAUGCCAUUAUAUAAUAUUGUUGAUUGGAUUGCUGGAACAAGUACAGGUGCUUAUAUAUCAAUAAUGCUUGCACAAAAAAGAAGUCUUGAAGAUAUGAGAAAAAUAUAUUUAAGAUUUAAAGGAAAAGUUUUUAGAGGAAUGCGUCCCUAUAAUACAACAGCACUUGAAAAUUGUCUUCAAGAAAUACUUGGAAAAGAACCAUUUUCAAGUGUUAAAAAACCAAAACUUAUUGUAACAACAUGUAUGGUAAAUAAUAAUAUACCACAAUUAAAAUUAUUUAGAAAUUAUACAACUUUUAUAAAUAAAAAUGAGGAAUAUAAUGAUAAAUUUGAGAAAGAUUUUAAUAAUUUUUCAACAUGGGAAGUUGGUAGAAGUUCCAGUGCAGCUCCAACAUAUUUUGAACCAUACAAAGGUUUAAUUGAUGGUGGUAUAAUGAGUAACAAUCCAGCAAUCGAAUUACUAACAGAAUUUUUUGAACAUAACUAUUCAAAAUUAAUAAAUGAAAAUCUUUCUAACAUCUCAUCUGACUCAAUAUCAGAAAAUGAUCAAAAUUUUUUAAAUGAAAUGAAUGAUAAAAUAAUAAAAACAACAAAAAAUUUAUGGCCAACAUCUUAUUGUUUAAAAAAAAAUAAUAAAAUAUUAGAGAAGGGUGAUGAUAUGAUGGAAAAUAUUGCUUGUUUAAUAUCAAUUGGAACUGGAGGAUGGAAAGGUAAUAUGAAAGUACCUGAAGGAGGUUCAUAUUUUCAACAGUUGCCUAUUACAAAUCCAACAACUAAUAACAAUAAUAAUAAUAAUAAUAAUGAACCACAAAAAAAGAAUAUAUUAAAAAAGUUAGCUGAUCUCAAAGGUAUUUUACCAAUAUUUAUUAGACAGUUAACGGCAUCUGAUGGAUUACCGGUAGAAAGAGCCAGAGCUUGGUGUCAUAGUAUAGGAGUUCCAUAUUUUCGUUUUACAGCAAGUCACACAAUGAGAUUAAAAUUAGAUGAUUCUAAUGAUGUAGCAAUAGUUCAAAUGAUGUGGGAUACAGAGAUUUACCUAAGAACGGAAGGUAAAGGAGAAAUAGCAAAAUUAAUUAAUUAUCUAAAAUUAUUUUGUAAGAUGAAAGAAAGUUUAGAAUGUUAA